CGCGUACACAAAGGUGAGGACCAGAGCGCUACUUCCGCGCUGGUGAGAACUUCAGGUGAAGAACCGAAAAAAUAAAGAAAGCGUCGGGGGGUGGUUGAGAGAAGACACCGAGAGCAGCGAUGGCCGAGUCGCAGUUAGAGUGCAUGGAAGACGGCCGGAUCGUAGCGAGCAUCCCGGAGUCGAGGCCAGAGUUUUAUUACAGCGAGGUGCACCGCGCCGCGCUCGAGGAGCUGCUGAGGAACGGCGACGACGCGUUCAAGAAGCGGCUGCGCGACAACGAUGCCCGGGACUUCCUGUCGCCGCGCGAGAUCGACGCGAUCCGGAGCACCGCGGAGCGCUACGACGCGCACGAGGACGACGACGCCGGAGCGCGCAGAAAAGGCGCCGACGACUCCACGUCUAUGCGCUCGACCUACUGGCCCCAGAUGUCCGACACGGACUUGCCGCUGCUGGACAUGGGCUGGCCCAACACCGGCUUCUUCAAGGGGGUCACACGCGUAAUCGUGCACAUGCACCCGCCCAAAGACAACGGACCGCACCUUAAAGAAGUUGUCCGAAGGCUGAUCCAAGAAGCGCACAAGGUUAUCGCUAUUGUGAUGGACCUUCUCACAGACCUUCAGAUCCUACAAGAUCUGCUGGAUGCGGCGUCCAAGCGUAGCGUCGCAGUCUACAUCAUCCUGGACGGUAACGGAGCGCCGCAGUUCCUCAACAUGUGUAAGAGACUGGAGGUCAGCCCUCAGCAUCUCCAGAACAUUCGGACCCGCAUGCUGAGAGGCGUAGGACUCGACCUGUCCUAUGGGAGAAUCCCUGGCUGUCUGAGCAACAAAUACAUGAUUAUCGACGGAGACAAAGUGAUGUUCGGCUCUUACAGCUUCUCAUGGAGUUCAUCACGUAUGGACAGAAACAUAAUCACCAUCAUGUCAGGACAGAUUGUUGAAAUGUUUGACCGGGACUUCAGGGAGCUUUACGCCAUGUCGCGCGAACUCAACCUCUUCAAGGAGUUCAGCCUCGGUAAGCGUAGCACAGCAGCAUCUACCAGGAUGACUGUACCGACGCGGCCAGUGAUUACCGCGACUUCGCGCUUCCAAGUCAGUCUGGGAGACAAGGGGAAUUUAAAAGUGCCUGCUCACAAAUACCACAACCCCAAAUACCUGCUAGCGCUCGGCAACCUUCCAAACGACAUCAGCACAGCGCAGGAUCUAAUCGACAAAAUGGAGGAAUCUAGACAAAGGUUUGCAGCAGAGGGGAAUCCAAUAGAAGUAGACAACAACGAGCCGCUGGACUCGCCCACCCCAACGCCAUCUGUGAAUAGCAAAAAAGGUUCCAGUUUGUCAUGUGUACCUUCGAAAAAGAAAAGAUUCUCUUUAUUGAGAAAAUCGAAACAAAAAGGAGCGAAAGAGGAGAAAGCAGAUGAGGGAGAUCCUGGACCCUCCACUACAACAAAUCCCACACCACCCACCACCAGUGGUACCACGGAGGACAUUACAGAGGAACCUAGUGCUGAAACAUCAACGUCCAAGAAAACAAAGUCCAAAAAGAAGUCAAAGAAAAAGUCAAGUGAAGAGCAGGGUACGGAAAACGACAAAGGCACCAAGAAGGGCUGUGUCAUCUUUUGAAGAGUUGAACGAAACGAAUGAGAAAAGAGAAAACGAAAUCCACAUUUCUCCCUCACACCAAAAAAGGCUAAUCGGCCAAAAUGUAGCUCAUAUUUGCUACGAAUUGAAUCCUUCCUCUGACCUUGUGUUGUACAAACAGUUCCAAAUCUCUUUUCUAGGUAAACACAGAAUGGGAUUUGUUUAAUAUCAUGUACUUGAUUACAAUAUGUUACAGCAAAUCUGUAUUACUAUUAGGGAAAUAUUAUGGCUUACACUUUUAUCACAGUGUCUCUCAUAGUGAUAACUGCCCCAUUUUCCUCCCAAUUUGCCCAUUUGACAAAUUCCCAUGCACUAGCUCUGUCCCAUUGUGCAACCCUGACUAACUAAAGAGUGCUAGCACUGAUGCUUGCUUUGAGAAACAACAAGCAAGCUACAAAAGUUUGUUUAUGCUACAACAUAACGCAAGUAAACAUAAAGAAGGAAUUUAAUAUGAGCUCAGGACUACCAUGAUGCGCUAGCUUUGAUAUGACUGACCGAAGAUGAGUAAGGCAAAUUCUAGCUUCUGGGAUUCAAACAAAUGCAAAGUCAACUGCUUCUUACCCAUGAUCUUGCUGACAGACUAAAAAUGGCCAUGUUGUUCUUUAAAAGGGAAGUUUGUGGGUAGGCCAGAGCUAAACCGUAAAAUUCCACAGUAGCAUACAUGCACAAAAAAAUAUGUGCAGCUACAGCAGGCUAGGCUAAAUCGUGCCACUGGGGAUUUGAUUGUCCCGAUGCAGGCAACACAAAUUUGGCCAAAGUCGCAUCAAUGUACAAUCCUCAUAUUGUCCAGGGCCAGCUGUUUCACUGGUCUGAUAAUGCCAUAUUUUGAUUGGAUUCCCUGUAAGUUGAAAUGAGCGAGUCAGAGGAUCCACACUUGAAAGGGGUCCUCAUCUGGGUCAUGUCUGAAUUUUCAGUGAUUAUAGUUUCAUCAUUCAUAUGAAAACUGGAGUACAUUGGAAAGAAAGAUGCUUUAUUCUUGAGAGUGCAUGGUCAUGCAUGAUACAGCGCCCUUUUAGAGCACUGAGGGUUAAGGGUCUUGCUCAGGGGAGUUUGGCAAUACCGGGUCUUGGACCCCCGACCUUCUGAUUAGUAAUUUAGUGCCUUAACCACUAUUAUUGCUAGACAAUAAUAGGCCACCGACUGCCUACGUAAUUCUACAGUGUAGCCUGGAAAGAAAUGACCUCCAGCUGCUACUUUAUACCAUUCUGUGAAUUUUUUAUUUGUUUUUUUACCAUUGUUGGUGCUAUUGUUCUGGUUAAAAAGCAACAAAAAACAACAAAAAACAGAUAAAGCUAGUUCACGGCUUACGAUGGAGAUGCUUUCCAGUGACCCCAUCGUAACAUGUAAAUAUGAAGUCGAGACAUGGACUAGCCUACCCAGGAGUCUUAAAGAAUGUUGAUCAGAAUGGGGUACUAUACUGUCAAUUCGGGGUGUCCUCGAUUAUAGAUUUACAUAGCCGAAUUAUAUUUGUCAAGUCUUGCCUAUAAUAAACGGGGGUAAAUAAUUCAUUUACAGAAUGAAAUUAGAAGAGAAUAUACCUUUCAAACAUCACCAAGACAUUAAAUAUUAAAAUCUCGGCUGCCAAAAUGCUCCUGUGUCGGUCACGGAUUAUGGAAGGUGAAACUUAAAUCUGUUGGGGGGGUUGGAUUUAUUUAUGCACAUUCAAAAUAUUUAUUAAAAGCUUUUUUUUAAUAUAUAUUUUUAUUUACAGCAUUAACCAAACUGGCACGAUCCUCGUUUCAUAACACAAAGAUUAGACUGUGAGGCUGGUAUUUGCAUCAGGCUCCUUCUAGCAAAGCAUCUAAUCUUCGACUAUUCGUAUUUUACACAUUACAGUAUAUAAAUUAGCAAUACAGGACAAAUUAAAGGUACCAAACUUUAGAAACUGUACAGUAUAUAUAUGUACUGGACGAGCGCCGGUUCACGAUUUAAGGUUAAAGUAUACUCUGUUAAGUUUGCCUGCCGCUUGAAACGUAAAAUAUUUGUACAAUUUUCGUCGUAAUCAUCGUAAGAUCGAAAAAAAUCACAGAAAGAAACAUCGUAACUCAGGGACCAUCUGUAUAGCAUACCAUGUCUUGGCUGCAUAUGUAACUGUGAGGGAAGAAUUGUGCUAAUAUGUAUACAUUUUUUCACUAGUCAUUCUUUCUUACAGGCACGUGCACAGGUAGGGCUCAACCUGUGCAGAGCACAUGCCCUUUUUGCCCUUACACUCCGAAGUGCCCUUUUUUUGGUGGUGUUACUAAAUAAUCUUGAUAUAAAAAAAGGGAGGGGGGUGCCCUUUUUCAGUUUCAGCACAUGCCCCUCAAAAGGUCUGUGCACGGCCCUGCUUUCUUAUAUUCAUUUUUUUCAUAUCUAGUGGCUGUUUUUUUUUUUUUAAGUCUCAGGGACAUUAAGCCUUUAAAUGCAGUGUUUAAAUGUAUUUUAUAAAACAUUUUGGAACAGACUGUUAGUUUAAAUAUCGAAUUUAGAACAUUGUUUGGUGCAAUGAUGAAUUUUUGUGAAGCGUUUCAGCUGUGAAAACAAUAUAAAGCUGUACUGCCACCUAGUGGUCACUUUUUGUCUUUAUAAUUAUGUAGAUUUGAAUUAAAUAUAUAUGACAGUCACUAAAAA